CACGCUGAUCAGAUGUUUCAAUAAGCCUUUUUGCCAAAGUUUCGACAGAAUCGAAAUCGACGGGAGGCGAUGGCUGUUUGUGGAAUUUUUGAGGCUGACGCUGGAAUUUCGAACGCUGGACGCCUGCCGGUGUUCUUUGCUGCCUGUCGUUAUGUUUGGGUGAGUCGGCUUGAGAAUGGACACAGUGGGCGACACGAAGGUCGGAUAGAAGGGAACCACGUAACGCAGCACAUCGGUGGACGUUGUACAUGGACUACCUUCCUUGUCAAGCGCGAAUGGCUGGGAGAAAGUUUUUCGGCAACUUCCGUUCUUCGAUCAAUUUCAAAAACAUCUACUUUUCUCCUCCAUGUUUAAAAGAGUGGACAGGCGUUUAAAAAGGAAAGCCGAGGACGAGGCCUUGGGAAUCGACGGUGAAUUCAAGCAAGCGCUUGGUAUCCCGGAUACCGAUUCAGACGAGUCUGAUUCAAGCUCGGAUUCUUCUGAGGAUGAAGCCCAAGCAGAGGAAGUGGAAGUUGAAGACGGUAGCGGGGAUGACGAUGACGAGGCAGAAGUGAGGACAGUAGCCCAAAUCCUCGAAAAUCCUCUCUACAAUAGCCCCCAAGACAUCGACAUGACAGCAUGUUUCGUUUGUCCAGCAAAACUUUUCAAGGGCCCGUCGAUGAUCCAAAUUCAUCUACAGUCUAAACAUCAUAUUCGAAGGUUCUCUAAAUUCAAACAACGCUCUGCUCUAGCGAGCCCCCAGGACGAUGCUAGGGAGCAUGUUCCGUCUUCGAAAGAUGUCAACGAGUCCUCGGAAGGACUUUCCAAUCGUGCAAAGAAAAAGAACACAAGGCGUGCAUCUCAAGCGGAAAAAAGGACUGAAGCAGGCAGCCUUCCUAGCGCGAAAGACAAAGCGUGAGGCCACGUCACAGAAGACUGAAGGCCUACAAGACCGAACUGCCUCUAAAUCUUCGUCACAGAACCCUCCUCCGAAAGGAGGAAAGGUUCCUACCAGGAAGAAGCGACGAACGGAAAAGCCCAAGUCUCUAUCACCUUGACGAGCCCCUAGUAGCUAGUACGA